CUCCAUCUCCCAUCUCUCAUGGCCACAAAACUCGCAACAGCGCUCGACGCGCACAGGUCAUACCUCCAGCAAGUCCGAGAACGGCAGCGCGCCUGCCGCGCGCAGGUCGCGCUGGCCACCGCCGCCCUCUCGCCCGAGCGCCGCACACACUCUCGCGCGCCGUCCACGACCUCCCCAAGCGCCCCAGGCCCCUCCACCGCCUCGGACGAAGCGAGCACAAGCGCCGCGCGCUCGCUCGCCAACGUCGCGAACUACGUCCCCCGCGAAGAAGCCGUCCGCAACGACUAUGCGGCGUGGUACGCGUGCUCGGGCCAGUGGCCGAGCAACUACGUCCUCGGCGCCGCCGACGGCGAAAUCUGCGACGAAUUUCCCGCCCUCCGCCGUUUAAUGGAUCUCAAAGCGGCACACGUCGCGGCGGCCGCACACCCGCCCCUCGUCGCGCCCAUCCCCACCCCCACCGCGUCCGCCAUCCUCCCCACCCUCUCGCCACACAGGUUCGACGUCAUCCUACUACACGACCCGCGCGCAUGGGGCGGGACAUGGGCCGAGGUCGCCGCCCUCCCGCUCCGCCACCUGUCGGCGGACCCAGCGUUCGUGUUCCUCUGGGUCGGCGCAGGCGACGGCGACGGGCUCGAGCGCGGCCGCGAGUGUCUCGCCAAAUGGGGAUUCCGGCGGGCUGAGGACAUCGUGUGGGUCAAAACCAACAAGGCCGACGGCAACCCGGGCGGCGCGAGCACGGGGCUCUUCGCGAGCCAAAAGGAACACUGCCUCAUGGGCAUCCGCGGCACGGUGCGGCGCAGCACCGACGUCCACUUCGUCCACUGUAAUGUGGACACGGACGUGAUCGUCUGGGAGGGCGACCCAGACGGCCCCCGCACCCCGCCAUACCUAUAUACGCUAAUCGAGAACUUUUGUCUCGGCGCCCGCCGCCUCGAGCUCUUCGGGGACGCCGCGCGCGCCCGCCCCGGCUGGGUCACGGCGCCGCUCGUGCCCGACUCUAGCCCCUCCGACCUACCCCCGCACGCAGAGCGCUUCGACACAUCCACAUACCCCCUCCACCUCCCACGCAAGAAGGAGGAGGGCAAACCCGUGGUCCCGUUCCACGCCGAGAUCGAGCUGCUGCGUCCCAAGUCGCCGCAGCGGCGCGGGCGCAAGUCGGGCCCCGGCCCCGGUCCUGGCUCCCUUGGCCCCGGCCCCGGCCCCGGCCCCGGUCCCAACUCUGGCCCGGGAGCGUCGCCCGGCACCCACACGCCGCGCUUCGGCGCGGGCGUCAUGCGCAUGGGCGCGCUCACGCCGGCGCAGGCGCCUAUGAUGGGCGCUAUGGGCGCUAUGGGCGCUAACGCGUUCCCGGUGCAUGUGCAGAUGGGCAUGCCGUUCAGUCCCAUGGAGCAGAUGGCGAUGCUGCAGAUGCAGAUGGGGCAGAUGGGCAUGCCUGUGCAGAUGCAGGGCAUGCAGGUGCCGGGGAUGGGGGGAAUGGGGCAGAUGGGGAUGGGGCAGAUGGGACAGAUGGGGCAAAUGGGCCAGAUGGGCCAGAUGGGCAUGCAGGGCAUGUCGCCCAUGAUGCUCGACGCCAUGCAGCAGCAGCACAUGCAGCAGCAGAUGAUGAUGAUGGGCGGGAUGGGCGGGAUGGGGAUGGGAAUGGGAAUGGGGAUGGGGAUGGGCGGGGGCGGGGGCAUGGGGGGAAUGGGAGGCGUAGGCAUGGGCAUGCAAGUGCCCAACGCGCCGAUGGGCAUGGGCAUGAUGCCCGGCAGCAUGGGCAUGGGCAUGGGCAGCCCGAUGGGGGGCAUGAGCCCGCAGCCCGCGGCGUCGCCGCUCGGGCCGUCGCCGCACCUCUCGGCGUCGCCGCACGUCCCGUCGCCCCAUUUGUCGCCGCACGUCGGCACCAACACGCUCCCCGGAUCGCCGGAUCCGGGCGCGCACUCGCCCAGCCCGCCUGUUGACGAGUGGGGUAAUCUCGUGGAGUAUGGGUACGGCUUCCAGGGCCAGGGGACGCACGGCCACGGCGGAGGGUACGGGUACGGGUACUAUGGGUAUGGGCAGUAGAUUGUAUCGAUGUCAUGUACAAAUGUGGUU